AAGAAAAUAUAUGCUCAAGCAGCUGAAUCUGCUGUCUUUAAAUCUACUGUCUCAAAACCUGCUCAAAAUUCUGAGAAAACUGAGAAGAAUACUGCUCAUGCUUCUAUUCAUAGAAAAGUGAAGAAAAAAAUGCAAAAAGAGAAAAACUUUCAAAUUCUUAGAAAUAGAAGACUUAUUCUCAAA